GCCACGUAGGCAUUCUCUUCUCUCUGGAGGAAAAGGCCCAGCAGCUGUCGGAGGAAAAGACCCACCAGCUGUCAGCCAAGGGACAUGUCGCAGCUAAGUAAGAAUCUGGGUGAUUCGAGCCCUCCAGCGGAGGCCCCGAAGCCGCCUGUCUAUAGCCGCCCUACGGUUCUGAUGCGGGCCCCGCCUGCUUCCUCCCGGGCUCCUCCGGUCCCUUGGGAUCCACCUCCUACUGACUUGCAGGCUUCAUUGGCCGCUUGGCAGGCACCUCAACCUGCCUGGGAGGCUCCGCAGGGCCAGCUGCCUGCCCCGGUGGCUCCGAUGGCCCAGCCUCCUGCCCUGGGGGCCCCAAUGGUCCAGGCUCCCCCGCUGGGGGGCCCGAUGGGCAAACCUCCGACUCCCGGAGUCCUGAUGGUCCAUCCUCCCCCUCCGGGAGCCCCUAUGGCCCAGCCUCCAACUCCGGGAGUUCUGAUGGUGCAUCCUUCUGCUCCCGGAGCCCCUAUGGCCCAUCCUCCUCCUCCGGGGACCCCAAUGUCCCACCCGCCCCCUCCUGGGACCCCCAUGGCGCACCCUCCCCCUCCUGGGACCCCGAUGGCGCACCCUCCCCCUCCGGGGACCCCGAUGGUGCCUCCUCCACCUCCGGGGACCCCGAUGGCACAUCCUCCCCCUCCGGGGACUCCGAUGCCUCAUCCUCCUCCACCGGGGACGCCGAUGGCGCAUCCUCCUCCUCCUGGGACGCCGAUGGCUCAGCCUCCAGCACCGGGAGUCCUGAUGGCCCAACCUCUGACGCCGGGAGUCCUGAUGGUCCAGCCGCCUGCUCCAGGAGCCCCGAUGGCCCAGCCUCCACCGCCGGCAGCCUUGAUGACCCAGCCUCCACCUUCUGCAACCCCGAUGGCCAAGCCUCCAGGUCCUGGUGUCGUGAUGAUUCAUCCUCCAGGUUCGAGAGCUCCGAUCAUCCAGCCUCCCGUCUCGGGAGCACCGAUGGCGCAACCAGUGGCCCCCCCAUCACAACCUAUGGCUUCUUGGGCCCCCCAGGGUCAACCUUUGAUCCUGCAAAUCCAAUCUCCGGUCAUAAGGGCUCCUCCACAGGUUCCCCAGGGCCCGCAGGCCCCCCAGGUGCAGCUGGCCACACCCCCAGGGUGGCAAGCCACUUCUCCAGGGUGGCAGGCACCCCCUCAAGGCUGGCAGGCCACGCCCUUGACCUGGCAGACCACCCAGGUCACCUGGCAGGCACCUGCAAUUGCCUGGCAGGCACCACCACCUGUGCGCCAGGGGCCCCCACCCAUCCGACCCGGCCCCCCACCCAUCCGCCCUGGGCCCCCUCCUGUGCUGCGCCAGGCCCCACCUGUGAUCCGCCAGGCCCCACCUGUGAUCCGCCAGGCCCCACCCAUGAUGCGCCAGGCACCACCACUGAUCCGCCAGGCACCACCGCCCAUCCGACCGGCUCCACAGGCUCUGCCCACCCAGCCACAGCUGUGGCAAGCCCUGCCACCCCCACCUCCACUGCGGCAGGCCCCGCAGGCUCGGCUGCCGGCCCCGCAGGUGCAGGUGGCACCGCAGGUGCCUACGGCACCACCAGCUACGCAGGUACCUGUGGUGCCACCCGCUGGCCCGCAGGUGCCCCAGCCAGUGCUGCCGGCCCCGCUGUCUGUCCAACAGGCUGCCCCACAGCAGGCUGUGCACUGCCCAUCCAUCAUCUGGCAGGCCCCCAAAGGCCAGCCUCCAGUGCCACACGAGCUGCCGACAUCGAUGGAGUUCCAGGAGGUGCAGCAAGCCCAGGCACUGGCCUGGCAGGCGCCAAAGGCACCCACUCACUUCUGGCAGUCCCUGCCUGCCCAGGAGGCCCAGGGUCAGGCCCCUCGGAUCGUCCAGCUGGAGCAGCAGCAGCCCUUUCGGGGGGCUCAGGCCUCCCAAAAAGCCGUGCAAAUCCAGCUACCCACCCAGCAGGCCCAGCCCACGGGCCCGCAGGCAGAAAUGCCCGCAAUGCAACUCCAGCCUUCCUGGCAAGGCCCACCCCCCGUCUUGCAGGCCCAGCCCGGAGCCCCCAUAGGGGGGGAAAAUUUUCCCAGGGGCUCCAAUAAAUCACACAUGACUCCAUCAGGAGAAUCCAGGGCCUCCUCUAUAGAACCUAGGGGCUCUUCUAAAGACCGUAGGACUUCUUCAAAGGAAAAAAGGGCCCCUUCAAAGGACCGCAUGAUCUUUGCUGCCACCUUCUGUGCUCCAAGGGCAAUGUCAGCUACCAGAGCACACCAGGCACCUGCCUGGAAAAAUUUGCCUGCCACAUCGGAGACCUUCACUGCCACCUCAAGGGUCUUUCCAUCUACCUCCCACUUCCAGCCUGCCUCUCCUAAUGCCUUUAAAGGCCCUUCUGCCACCUCAGAGAGCCCGAGGUCACUGCCAUUUGCUCUGCAGGAUCCAUAUGCCUGCAUCGAGGCCCUGCCUGCAGCUCCCUGGGUUCCACAGCCUGAUGUGAGUGCCUCACAGGCAUCCAAGGCAGUGCCCACCAUCCUGAUGGCUACAGCAGCUGCCCCCCAGGCAGCUGCCCCUGUGCAAGAAGCCUCCAAGACCGUGGAGCCACCACGUCGCUCGGGCAAAGCCACCCGGAAGAAGAAGCAUCUGGAGCCUGAAGAGGACAACAGUGGCCAUAGAAUGGCCAUGCAUGACUGGCAGGGCACACGGGCCUGGGAGAAUCUCAGUUUGUGUGACUGGGAGGUGCAAAGCUCUGUCCAGGUUCUGGGUGACUGGGAGUGCCCCAACACUCCCCGGGGCUUGAAUGGCUGGGAGUGUCCUAGUACCUCCAGGAUCCUGAGUGGCUGGGAGGGGCCCAGCACAUCUUGGGCCCUGAGUGCUUGGGAGGGCCCAAGUACCUCAAGGGGCCUGGGUCACUGUGAAGGCCCAUGUAGCCCUCAGUCUCUGAUUAUCUCUGAGGUCCCAUGUCUCUCUCAGGGAUCCAGUGCCAUCCGGGAGGAUCCCAGGGGGGAGACUCAGUCAUCGUCUCCCUCAAAUGAGAGAGCAAAUGCAUUGGUGCAGUUUUUCUUGGUCCAGGACCAAGCCAAGGUGCCAAUCCAGCACUCGGAGAUGGUGAAUGUCAUCAUCCGAGAGUACAAAGACGAGUGCUUAGAUAUCUUCAACUGUGCCAACAAUAAGCUGGGGUGUGCCUUUGGUUGUCAUUUGAAGGAAACUGACACCCAAAACCACUCUUAUGUCAUCAUCAACAAGCUGGGGCAUCUUCAAGGUGGUUUCUUGGCAUCCUAUUUAGACCGGCCCAAGUUUGGCCUCCUGAUGAUUGUUUUGAGCCUCAUCUUUAUGAAAGGCAAUUGUGUCAGGGAGAAUCUGAUCUUCAGUUUUCUGUUCAAGUUAGGGUUUGAUAUCCGGGGGACACAAGGUCUCUUCGGAAACAUGAAGAAGCUCAUCACCGAAGUGUUUGUGAGGCAUAAGUACCUAGAGUACAGGCGAAUUCCUUGCACUGAGCCAGCAGAAUAUGAGCUCCUCUGGGGGCCCCGAGCAUUCCUCGAAACCAGCAAGAUGCUUGUCCUGAGGUUUUUGGCCAAGCUCCAUAAGAAAGAUCCUCGGUGCUGGCCAUUCCAUUACCUCGAAGCGCUGGCAGAGUUAGAGUCCGAAGAUACGGACGAGGAUGAGCCUGAUGCCAGUGAUAAUCCUGAUGACCCCACCAGCAGUCCCCCUCCUCAGUAAUUGGUGUUACAGAUCUUGUUCCUCUUGUUCCUUUGGGUCCCCAGUCAGAGUCCAUUUACAGGGUGGGGCGGGGGGACAUUUUGUUUCUAGUGUUUUGUUCCAGUUCUAUGUGUGUGACUUUGAAAUUUCAAUCUGGUUUUGUAUUUGCCAAAGCUUUGUAAGUUUUCAUGUGGUGUUGAUUUUCAUCUGCUACUGUUCUCUUUGGUAUUUUGGCAUCUGUAUUUUUAAGUGAGAUCUGUGGUUCUCUGUUUUUUGUUAUAAUUGUUAUGUUUUGGUAUCAGAGUUGUGCUGGCUUUGUGAAAUGAAUUGACAAGCUAUCCAUCUCAUUCUGGUACAGUUUAUGUAGCAGCGUAAUAGGUUGUUCUUUAAGUGUUAAAAUGACUCAUCAGUAAAACUG